CCCUAGUUCUGCUUGCUCAGGUCAAAGCGCACGCUACAGCUAGUAGGGCCAAGGCGUGGCAACUGAGCAUAGUAGGCCUGGGUAUCAAUGUGGUAGAGAGGUUUCGGCGGAGAAGAUCGCGCUGAGGUGAGGUGAGGUGAGGUUUUUGGCCAGUGCCAAUCAGCAACUUGAUCAGAGGCUGACUUUACACAAGCUAGGGUCGUCGCCGUAGGUCUGAAGCAGAACGAGUUACAUGUAUUAGGCGUGGGCAGGUCAAGAAUCUGCAUCAGCAGGGCUGGCAGAAAGUGUUCCUUGAUGGUCAAUGUCACUGGACCUGAGCUGUAGAAAAGGAGCCUGCUGACAGGAGCUCGCGUGUGCCCACUUUCAGGGGCUGCCAACCUGCGCUGUCAGCUGUAUGCAGUGCUGGCAAUGUGCCCCGUAUGGACCUGCUCUCCUGGGACCACCACGAGGAGCACGAGAACCUUGAGCCUGCACCUGAGGUCAGCAGCAGCGGCUCCGAGGCGAGUGUGAUUAGCAAGCGCAAGAAAGCAGCAGGCCGCCCGCGAGAAAAGGCUGCCAAUGCCGACGAGGAUACAAGCUCCGGCCCGCCCUCUCCCCCGCCUAAACGGUUGGGGGGGCAGCUGGCGGCGGCGCUGCCGGUGUUGUCGGACAUUGCGGAGCUGUACGAAGCGAGCCAGGCGCAUAAGCGGGCCAACCAAGAGGCCAUCCAGCAGCUGCUGGCCCAGAUCCACAGCCUGCAGCGGCAGCUCCUCCAACCUCUCCAAGGCAAGGCCCCGCUCGGACGCUUCAACCCCCACCACCCACGACAUUGA